AUGUCUAGCGACACUGUCCACUCAACGAGCCAAAGUUAUGAGCGCCUUCGCUCAGGGGAGAUCAGAUUACUACGCAUUUUUCCCUCCGAAUUCAACGGAGCAUCAAUCGAUGGGUCUCUUGAAGUGUUUACGCUGGUGGCUGCCCCGGAUUAUACCGCAAUAUCUUAUGCGUGGGGCGAUCGCAGGAGCAUCUCGUCCAUAAGCAUCAACGGAGAGGCCACUCCCAUCACAACCAGCUUAUUGCAUGCCCUGGUGACCCUGAGAAAACGCGAUGAACCGAUCUGGAUCUGGGUGGAUGCAUUAUCAAUCAAUCAGUGCGAUGUCGACGAGCUGAAUUCACAAGUUCACAUCAUGGACACAAUCUACAGUCAAGCUCAUACCGUGGCGAUGUGCCUAGGCCCCGAAUGCCGCAACAGCGAACAAGCUUUCAAGGUUAUGAAGGCCGUGAGAGAAAGAUGGAACCCAGAAAAUAUUUUCCACUCGAUGGUAUCAAGAGAGCGAAGCCAAAUAUUAUCUGUUGUUCGCUUGUUUGAGAGAAGUUAUUGGAAACGACUUUGGGUCAUGCAGGAGAUCUUUCACGCCAAACGAGUCACAGUUUAUUGUGGUUCAGACUAUAUGGCUCUGGAUGACAUCUCUAUUGUGUGCGAUUACUUCAAGUAUUACUCUGGUACCAUCGAGAAUUGGGCCCGAACACUUUGUUUCACUCCUCAACAGGCCUACCACACGAUACUCUGGAAAUACUACGCGUCUGCAGGAGCAAGCUAA